AUUUAGUUUUAAUUGCCAUAUUCUUCGAUGCGUUACAAAGUCAAAAUUUAUACACUUUAUUGUAAAGCUACAUAUGUACAUACAUGUUGUACAUAAAUGUAUCUGUUAAAAAUAUAAAUAUAUUUUUUUAAAUUCCUUUUAAUUAGAUGAUAGAUAGAUGACCUUUAUUUAGUUUUAUUUAGUUAUUGAGUUUUAUUGACGAAUUUAGUGCUUAGUGUAAAAUGCGACCCAUAAACUUGGAGUUUACCAUGCAAACAAUAUGCGAUAAACUCACCUUAAACACCACAUUUGUUUGGAGUUUAAGCAACCCUAUUUUUAAAGUUUGGCCGCACUGUUGCGCGAAUAAAAACAAAUUGUAGAUUAUAAACAAAACCUCAGCAGUGCAAAUAAAUUAAUAAAUUAUGGAAUCUGCUACAAAGAAAAGAAGAAGGCGGAAUUUCUGGGACAACACCACAGAAGCUUACUUUGUCGAUUUGUGGGCGCAAAAGAUAGAUGAAUUGCGUAGUGACAAGAGAAAUACUCAAGUCUACCAAGAGAUGUCCGUCGAUUUAGCCACACAUGGUUUAGAACUGUCUGUGCCAGAUAUUAAAUACAAAAUAGCCAACUUGACUACCAAGUACAGAAAAUGCCGAGAAGCAUUAGAGUCAACCGCUGGUGAUGCGCCUGUGUUGUGGCCAUUAUACGAACAGGUGCAUCAAAUAAUUGGUUCACAAACUUUCAAUCACACCGAUAUGUCUUCUGAGGGGAGCGUGGAGCAUAAAUUUAAUUUAGCGGAAGCGUCUUUUUUGACACCAUUGGCGGCGUCCUUAUCCACACCUUCCUACGAUUCCAAUACAUUUACCUUGCCUCCGCCAUAUAUUACAGACUUGCCGUCGUCUACACGUGAGCGCGCUCCAAAACGACGAAGUUCAGAAAAAUCGAAGAUAAUCUCCAUGUGUGCAUGUUUGCAGGCAACAGCCGAAGAGAAAAACAAGCUCAUGAAGGAAAUGGUCCAAGUAGAAAAGGAGAAAUUAGAAGUUUUGAAAGAUUUGCGCGAUGAUAAUAAGAAACUCACGCAAGCGAUUAUAAACUACUUGAGUCGUAAGCAAUAAUAUUUGUAUUUAGAAGUGGCUAUUUAAUAAUUUUUGAUACAAAUAUGUCCAAGCCCAGAAAUUUACCGUUAAGCGUAAGCUAUAAAGUUCUAUAGCUAAGCGACAAAUUAGUUAACUCUUAGAUAGUAAUAAGGUGCACCUAUACUAUAGUUUUUAUUUUUUUAAAUGUCUUUUUAGUGAAUUGUUUUAAAAUUUAUAUAUUUUUAUACCUUUGAUCUCAAAUUAAUAUUUAUAAAUAUACAACAACUAUU